AUGCCCCAUGAUGGUGAUUCCCCUGAAAGUGGAGAUGAGGAUGCCUUAGGAGAGGACAAUGACAUGGACAAGGAGGGAUCCAUAGAGGGUGGUCCACCUGCUGUCUGGGUACCACCCAUGGCCUUACCUGCACCCAUCAAGAAGACAUUGUUUCAGAAGGACACAGAGCUGGAGAAUGUCAUACAUGCAGGUGUUGGGAGCCACAAACAUCAAAGCAUGCAGGUACAGGACUCAAACAACAUCCAGCCCAGGCAGUUUCAGAAUAUGCAGUUGCCAAUUCAAUGUGGAGCCAGCAACAAGGUCGAGAUGCCUCAGGUUGCGGUGCUGUACACUCUGCCUCAAAUUAAUUCCCCACCACCCUUGUCUAACCAAGACAUUGAGGAUGAAACAGAGAUGAAGAAGGGGAGGCUUGCAAAGUGCCCUCACACAAGUAAUGCCAGCAGAAGCUCAUCAACUCCAGCCUCUCCUGACCACAAGAAGAUCCAACUGGCCAAACCAGUGCUCUUGUUCCCAACAGAAGUUGCUCUGGUGCAUGUUACCAAUGUAGCCAUGCACCUUAUCAAUGAGUCUGUUCUCAUCUACCUUCCGAUUGUGGAGCCAUUACAAUCCCUGAGGCACAAAGGAAUCAUUCUUAUGACUGGAGGGGAUGUAACACUUAGCAUGGAGCUCAAUGUGGCAGCUUGGAGCCCAAUAUGGAAAGUGGUGAACAUGGCAUGUGACCUAACCAAUGGCACUGGGCUCCAUUAA